GUCGCCAAAAGAGUAAAUUUUAAAGCAUUUAAUUAAAUUUCUUUAUUUUUGAUUAAACGCAGCAAAAGGCGAAUUUUGAAGUAUACUCCUUGUUUUCGAAGAUUUCACAAUGAAAUUUUAAUUAUUUUGAAUAAUUGAGAAAACAAAAAUGCUGGAUAUUGUUAUUAUCGGAGCUGGAGCGUCUGGAAUUGCAGCGGCAACAAAACUUGUAGAAAAUGGUAUUGAUGUGAAAAUAUUGGAAGCUGAAGAUCGAAUCGGUGGCCGAAUUAAUACCAUUCCUUUUGGAAAAGGUGUAGUUGAUUUGGGGGCACAAUGGUGUCAUGGGGAAAAAAAUAACGUUGUUUAUGAAAUUUGUUCUAAAUAUCCAAAUAUAUUUGGUAGUACAGGAGAUGUAUAUGCAUCAUUUAUUUUAAUAAGAUCAAAUAAGGAAAUAAUUCCCAAAGACAUCACAUCAAGAUUAACCGCUUUAGUUUCGGAUAUAUUAGAAGCAGCAAAAUAUGAUCUAAAUGAUUCAACAGAUUCGUUUGGUGCUUAUUUGAAUCAUGAAUUUAAUAAACAUUUAAACAAACCAGAAUAUUCAGAUAUUAGUAAAAAGGUAGCGCACGAAUUCUUUGAAUUUUACAAAAAGUUUGAGUGCUCUGUUGAUGCUGCAGAUUAUUUAGAAGAUAUAUCAGGUAAGGGAUAUAACGACUACUGGGAGUGUAAAGGUGAUCCAGUUUUAAAUUGGAAAGACAAAGGAUAUGUAUCUUUUUUGCAAAUUUUAAUGAAAUCGAAAAAGGAGAAAAAAUUAGGAACUUUAACUGGCAAAAUAUUAUUUAAAAAAAAAGUUCAAAAUAUUUGUUGGUCAAGAAAUAAAGGCGAGAAAAUCAAAAUCGUUUGUUCGGAUUCUGAAGAAAUAUUGGCAGAUCAUGUUAUUUGCACUGUUUCAUUAGGGGUUUUAAAACGAGAAAAUGAAAUUUUUCAACCAAAACUACCGAAAGAAAAAUUAAACGCUAUUGAAGGUCUUGGAUUCGGAACCGUAAACAAAAUUUAUUUAGAAUUCCCAAAGAGUUUUUGGCCUUUGAAUUGGCCAGGUUUUUCAAUCCUUUGGGAUGUCGAUGAACUUGAAAAUAUUAGGAAAAGAAAUGAUUCAUGGAUUGAAGAUUUGUUUGGAUUUUAUACAGACUAUCAAGAAAACGUUCUUUGCGGAUGGAUUUCCGGAGAGAAGGCUCGAAGUAUGGAAAACUAUUCCGACAAAGAGAUUGAAGAAAGUUGCAUGUUUCUUUUAAAAAAAUUUUUAAGUUGGGAAAUUCCAGAAAUCGUUUCCAUUAAAAGAUCUAAUUGGUUCAGUAACUCAAAUUUCCGCGGAUCAUAUUCCUUUCGGUCAGUAGCUGCAGAAAGAUUAGAAGCAUGUCCAAGAGAUUUGGCAAAACCGAUACUUAGUGAAGAUGGAGUGCCAAUAUUAUUAUUUGCUGGCGAAGCAACGCAUGAUCAUUAUUUUUCGACUGUACAUGGAGCAGUAGAAAGUGGUUGGAGGGAAGCAAGCAGAUUAAUAAAACAUUUUUCUGAAGAUAACUUUUCUGAUGUACUUAUUCUUGGUUGUGGGUUAGCCGGACUUGGAGCUGCAUACGCUCUUCAAAAUUUUAAUUUAAAAGUUCGUAUAUUGGAAGCUCAAAAUUAUAUCGGUGGAAGAAUAUUAACUACAAAUUUAAAAACUUUAAAUAAUAAAGCUACCAGUGAAAGAAUAGAUGUAGGAGCACAAUGGUUACAUGACGAGCAAAAUUUGUUAUUCAAUAUAGGGAAAAAAUAUAAUUUAAUUGAACCGGAAAAAUCUGGUGAAGGUUUAGGAGAUUUUUUUGAAGAGAACGGAAAUGUAAUUGAUAAAGCGUUUGUUGAAAAAAUUAAUACGGUUGUAAAAGAAAUACUAGAAGAAUGCGAAAAAUUUGCAAAUGCUACAGAAUAUCCCAAAUCGAUUGAAGAUUAUCUUCACGAAAACUUUUUUAAAAUGUUGGACAAUGAAAUUAAAAAUGACACAGAAAAAUCUGAACAGGCUCGGAAACUUUUAAAUUGGCAUCGAAAUUUUCAAAUCAUAGAUAAUAGCUCAAAUGAUUUGAAGACAGUAUCCGCCAAAGCAUGGGGUUUAUAUUCUUUAAGCGGUGAAGGAUGUCAAAUUCACAUUAACAUCAAACAUGGAUUUUCUACUUUAGUGAAGGCACUUUUACAAGAAAUAAGACCAUUCUUAAAUAUUCAAUUGAACAAAAUUGUAAAAAAAGUUAUUUGGAAAUAUAAGUAUAACAAUGAAGACUUAAUAAGAGUAGAAACUUCAGAAAAUGAGGUCUUUUAUGCUAAAAAUGUUAUUAUAACUUUUUCAAUUGGUGUUUUGAAAGAAGAAUUGAAAUUGUUUGAGCCAGAGUUGCCUUCGGAUUAUCGUAAUGCAAUUAAUAAUAUAGGUUUUGAAACUAUGAAUAAAAUAUAUAUCCAAUUUGCGGAAAAUUGGUGGGGUGAACGGAAAGGAAUUCAAUUUAUUUGGAAUGAUAUAAAUAUUGGUAAUACUACAAAACUUCACUGGACAAAAUAUAUAACAGGAUUUGAUGUUCUUUAUCCUGGCCCCAAAAAUACUCUAGUAGGUUGGAUCGGGAGUUAUGGCGCUAAAGAAAUGGAAAGUUUAAAAGACGAAGAAAUUAUCACAACAUGUGUGAAGAUUUUAGAACAUUUUACCAAAAAAAAGGUACCCCAACCAAUUAGUUAUUAUUGUACUCGUUGGGGUACUAAUCCUUUCGUAAAAGGAGGCUAUAGUUUUAUAAGUACUAAAUACGACGAAAAUGAGAAGAGUAGAGAAUGUUUAAAAAAUCCAAUAAAUAUUGGAAAUUCUUGCACUGUAGUUUUUGCUGGCGAAGCAUGUCAUAGUAAUUAUUAUUCAACAGCACAUGGAGCAUUUCUUUCCGGUAUUAAACAAGCGAAACUUAUAAAUACAUGUUGCUGUAGAAGAAAUAGUUUUUAGUUUUAUUAUGAUCAAUAUAAAUUAAGCAUAGAAAUAAUUGGGAUCAGGCACAAAGUAUAUUUUGAUUAGGAAAAAUAAAAAAUAUAGUUUUAUUGAAAAAUAUACACGUACAUAUUAGUUACAUAUUAUUAUUAUAUGAAAUUGUUAUUUCAAUUCAUUUUUCUUUACCUUUUCUGUCAUUAAACACAAAUUGUUAUUAAUUAAUAAAUUGUAAUAUCUUAUAAUUCAGUAGUAAUGGCUAUCUAAAUAUUUCAAUUAUUGAAAUUAAAUAAAUAGUACGAUUGUUUUUUUGUUAACAAUUUUGAUUUUUUUUUUUAUUGUAAAAUUGUGGUUUUAGAAAUAUUAAAAUAAAAUUGUUUUCAUGUAUUUUUUGAUUA